UUAAAACGUUUAAAAAUGGUUUAAAAGGAGUGAAAAGUUUGAAAAAUAUUGAAAAGAAUAAAAUAACAAUAAACUUUUUCAAUUAUGCUAAAUUGUAACACUUUGCAAACCGUAUAUUAAUUUUCUCUAGACGAAAGAGAGAAAAUCUCAACGUUAUUUUAAAUAUAAACCGUAGAGUAUAUUAUUUUUGAGGUUAGUUGUCACGUGGGUGUUUUCAAAACAGUUAAAAUUUUAAGAAACAAUAUUAAAAUUAGAUUGAAACAAUUAAAAAUUGAAUUCUUAAAGAAAUUAAUAAACAUGAGCAAGAAAUUAAAAUUAGAAACAUUGAGUAAAACACGAUCUUUACGUACGAGAAAAGUUCCAGAGAAAUCCGAUGAUUUAACAGCAGAAACUUCGCAAUUUUUCGACAAUAAUGCUGAAGAUGAAAAACAUUCUAAAUCAAAGAAACGUACUCCGAUAAAAAUACAAUGUGAUGAUGAUGAUGUAAAAGAUGUUGAAGUUGAGAAACAUUCUAAAGCUAAAUCAAGGAAACGUUCUCCAAUAAAAUGUGAUGAUGAUGUAAAAGAUGUUGAAGUUGAGAAACAAUCUAAAUCUAAGUCAAAGAAACGUUCUCCGAUAAAAAUACAGUGUGAUGAAGAUGUAAAAGAAGAAAAUGAAAUUCUUUCCAAGGGUUCCAAGGAUAAUUGGAUGCCAAAAAAUUGGGAAGCUUUAUUGAAGAAUAUUAGAGAAAUGAGAAAAGAUGAAACUGCACCGGUUGAUGAAAUGGGUUGUCAUAAAUGUGCCGACACCAAUGUAAGCAAGCCGAUAUUUAGAUAUCAAUCAUUAUUGGCAUUAAUGUUAAGCAGCCAAACGAAAGAUCAAGUUACUCACGCUGCAAUGCAAAGACUCAAAGAAUUUGGCUGCACUCCUGAUUCAAUUAUUGCCGCAUCUGACGAAGAACUUGGAAAACUUAUUUAUCCCGUUAGCUUUUGGAAGCGUAAAGUAGAAUAUUUAAAGAAAACAUCAGCAAUUUUGAAGGAAAAGUAUAAUAAUGAUAUUCCCGAUAGUGCUGAAAAAUUAUGUGAAUUACCUGGAGUUGGACCUAAAAUGGCACACAUUUGUAUGCAAGUUGCUUGGGAUAAAAUUUCUGGAAUUGGUGUUGAUACUCACGUUCAUCGUAUUGCAAAUCGUUUGGGUUGGGUGAAAAAAAUGACAAAAACUCCCGAGGAUACAAGAAAGAGAUUAGAAUCAUGGCUUCCCAAAGAAUUAUGGGCCGAUGUUAAUCAUCUUCUAGUUGGUUUUGGUCAAACAAUUUGCACUCCACAAAGACCAAAAUGCACCGAGUGUCUCAAUAAGGAUAUUUGUCCGUUUGUUAGAAAAAAAUAAUGUAAACAAGAGAGUGAGGAACUUUUUUAAAAAAAAGAAAGAAAUGUCAUUUUCUUUUUCGUAUAACAAUUUAUAAUAAUUUACAAUUUGUUACUAAUUCUUGCAUAAAAAUAUUGUGUACCAAUGUUUGUAAUUAUUUCUAAUUUAUUUCGUAUUUAUUUUGUAUUUAUUUUGCUAUCUCUUUAUUUUUAUUUUCUAUUUAUUCAGUUUACUUCUGUACAAUAAUAAUUAAAUCAGUUAAUUUCCGUAUAUUUUUUCGUAAAGAAUUACAAAAUUGUAAACUAUAUUUUGCGUAUUUUUUUCUAUUUGAUAAUUAUUUAUACACGAAGUUGAAAAGGGAAGAAAAAUAGAAUAGGAACUUAUUUGUUUGAAUUUUCUAAUUUUCGAAUAAAAGGUAUAAAAGUCAUUGAACUUAAA